AUGCGACGGGUUGGCUACGGUGUGUACCCCAUUCUUACCGCCUACAAUCGCCCGUAUCAUCUCCCAGGCUGGAAGACACGUGUCAGUACGAAGGACGCACGUACGCGAGAACAGCGCGAGACGGAUCGAAAAGCCCGGCAAAUUGAAAAACUUCCACGACCGCAGGCACUUCAUGAUUUUCAGUACCCAUAUGAGAAGACUGUGCUGAGUGAUGCCAUGUUCCAAUACCCGGUGUAUGAGAAUGAACUGGAUACCCCUCAUCUCUUCAAUCUCACACCACCACCGGACUUUUUUAUCUAUUGGAAUGUAGGAGAUUUUGAACGAACAUCGUACCCUCCUUUGCCAGAUGAGGAUCAUCGAUUCUUGGUACCAAAUAUGGAUACAUUGGCGUGGAAAAAACAUCGGGAACGCUCUCUUAAGUAUCUUCGUAAGCAUGAAAUCAUGCCACAUUAUCUUCCACAUGUAUCUCAGGAUGUGAAUUUGUCUGUUGUUUUUCCAGGAACAUAUGCCACACGAGCCCGUAGAUGUGAAGAGACAGGCCAACCAUUACCUCCACCACCACCUGUUACGGAGUUAAACCCUCGUAAUUUUUGGAUGACCGCACAUUGUGGAAAUUAUAUUGAAUUAACAGAUCUGCAGCAUCCUCCUUCGAUAUAUUUUUUUGAAAAACAAGCAGGAGAUAGAAGUGUAGAGGGUAAUACUAACAGUGCUGAGUGGUACACACUCAUCAUUGCAUCUCCUGAUUACCCGUAUCGAGUUCCUGUAAAUGUUGACGGUAGAACAAAGAACGGUUUUUUUAUUAAUUAUAUGGUGACGAAUUUACCAGGAAGUGGAAAUGGUUUACGGCCAAGUGUAGUUAAUGGUAUAGUAACCAAUACUUCUGGCAUUAAUAAGAAAGGUGAUGUUGUUGUACCGUACGUUGCACCUUUACCAACAGAGGAUGCAGGGACCACACGACAUAUUUGCAUGCUUUUCAAGCAAUCUGGUCAUGUGAGUGAUGUUUCUACGGUGUAUGGUGAUACGGAUGCAGGAUUUGCCGCACGUUGUAGUUUUCAUCUACAUGCCUCUUCUCGUGAUAGUAGUUCUACCCUAGAAGAUGCGACACUUAGAAAUGUAGAAAGUGUACUCCCACCGGAUCCAUGUGCUGUAACCUUUUUUCAGACAAAGUGGGAUAUUCAAGUACAGGAAUUUUAUGAAUCGCGUGGACUUCUAGAGCCUGCAGCCCCACCAAAUGAGGAGGUUGAGGCCAUUCUCGCCUAUCAUGCAAAGGAACCAUCGCAGUUGCGUGUGCGUGCACGCCACCGGCCGGAUGGUGCAACGAAUAUAGGGGACGAUCCGAACUUCUGGGGACAAUCGCAGCCAACCUCAAUGAUGGAAGGAUCCAUGCAAAGUCUAUGGUCCAGGCGAACAGCAGUUGGUAAAAAUGGUGUAUUAGUAACGUACCGAAAGUAA